GUACCAUCGAAUUAUCCUUUUUCCCUUUUUCUAUUAGGCUUAUAAAGCAGACCUGUGAGAAAAAAAAAGAGAGGACGAAUGGAUGGCUAUCUCCAAUCUACAUUAGCAGCAACCAGUCUGCAGCACAACUUGAACAGAAAUAGCAGUAACAACACAACAAAAAUAGUUGUCCAUUUUCCUCCAAGCAACAAAAACUUUAAUUGUACUGAAAUACACACACUGGAUGGAGUUUAUCCGUUGCUUCAUGAGGUAUUUUUCGACACAAUUGCGCCGCAGUAUUCGCUUGGAACCCGAGCAUCGAUUAUCAAUUUCAAAAAGAGACAUGAUUCAUCCGAUGAAGACAGUAUAGGCAGUUAUUAUCCUGGGUUGUCCAUGACACCUGUUAUUCCCAUACCUAAUGCUUCGACAAAAAGUUAUGUUCGUAACCUUUCUUAUUCAUCGUCACCUCAAAUUCUUUUGUCCCAACAACAACAACAAAGCUCCUACAUGACAACCAACUGGCAGGAUAAUAAUAGUUUGGAUAACAAGGAAGAUGCCUCUUUUACUCCUCACAGUGUUGGGUCUAUUUCGUCAUUAUUUGGUAAAACAAAUGGCAGUCAGCUAUCAACGUCUAUUGGAAGAAGCUCUGGCAGUAAUAAUAGUAGCAAGCCAAAAAACCACUUAUCAAAAACAAAAUCAACAUUUGUCCUAAGAUUCAUUAUUCAUGAAAACCUACAAAAGAUAUUGUCAGCAAAGACAGUAGAGGAUGACUAUUGCUUUUUUAAUAUUGGAUCAAGCUUCAUUUGGGUGGAUUCAAAGAACAAGCCGACAGAACCUCUUUCGAGAGUUGUGUUUUCAAAAUCUUAUCCAUUAUGUCACGAUAUAAACGAAAUCACAAAGUGCGAUGAUCAUCUUGAUGUUAUCAUUGGAUUUUCCACAGGGGAUAUUGUAUGGUAUGAUCCAUUCAGUUCCAAGUAUGUUCGAUUAAACAAAGGGGGCUGUCUAGUUUCAUCGGCUGUUCAUAUGAUCAAAUGGUUACCUGGAUCCGAAGACUUGUUCGUUGCUGCUUUCAAAGAUGGCUCAAUGAUGAUUAUGAGUAAAGAACGUGAUGACCAACCAUUUUCACUAUCAGAACCCAAUUCGUGGAUUGAGACACAAUUUUAUACCUUUAGACCUCACAAGGGUUACAAACAUAAUCCAGUCUCUUAUUGGAAAUUAAGCAAAGAAGCAAUAACAGAUUUUUCAUUUAGUCCAGACGGAGUUCAUUUAGCAGUAACAGGAGCUGAUGGUCAAUUAAAGAUUAUUGAUUAUAAAAACGAGAGACUGACAGACAUAUUCUCAAGCUAUUUCGGUCAAUUAAACUGUGUUAGUUGGAGUCCAGAUGGACAUUAUAUUGUGACAGGUGGGCAGGACGAUCUUGUUACUAUCUGGUCCUUUGUAGAGAGGAGAAUGGUUGCUCGUUGUCAUGGUCAUAAAUCUUGGAUAACCAGUAUAGCGUUUGAUCCAUGGAAAUGUGACGAACAGUCCUACCGAUUUGCAAGCGUAGGCGAAGAUUGUAAUCUCAUCUUGUGGGAUUUUUCUAUGAGCGCCUUACAAAAACCAAAACAUCCAAGGAUAACAUUAUCUGUAUGCGCAUCAUCCACAAAAUGGCCACCACCACCACCACCUUCAGCGCCAAUAUCAUUUACAAAUAAUAAUAACGCUGAUGUGGUAGAACGGAAGAGAUCACUAAAGAUAUUCAAAGGGCUUUCAAGUCAUGAACCACAUGGACUAUUUAACCAUAGUAAUAACAAAAAGCGAGGGUCUAAAUCAGCUCCCGAGAUAUUCAUUCCACCAGUUUUGCAUCCACCUAUCAAGAAGAAUCAAGCAGCCAUACUUCAACCAACGACAAUACACAACAUUCAUGCUGAUCCAUGCGUUUCUAUAGCAUUUAAACAAGACUACAUGAUAACAACAGAUAGAAGGGGUAGAAUCCGUAUUUGGGGCAGGCCCUAGGGAUUAACUUUUUUUUUGUGUGUGUGUGGGCAAACAUUUGUCCAAUAAGAUAUAAACAAUCUAUCAUGCUUUUUCAUGAAAGAUAGUCUAUAAUAAAUAUUUAAAUGGUGA